AUGUCGACCUACACCGAUCUGGAACACUUCAGCAGUGGUGGAUGGCUGACCUCAGCAUCAACGGUGCCCCAGAUUCAGAAAACCUCUGCCAACGCCUCCUUUCUUAAUCUGGGCGGUUUGGCGGGUGCUGCUUUUGGUGCUGCCACUUCGGCUGCUGGCCCUUUUGGUGGGGCCGUGGGCGGUCUUACUGGUGGGCUUGCUGGGAAGGCUGGCUCUGGUCCGAUUUUGAUGCCAGAGCCCAAAGCCGAAGAUCCGCGGGACCGCUUCAAAUUGAUGUUGGAUUUCAAGCGCACGGGCUACCCCGACGACCAUUAUCCUCAACCAGAUGCUGGCAGCCCUGGCCAGCUUGCCUUCACGGCGCUGCAUUGGUCGAGACAUGAGGUCGCCAAUGCACUCCGGGCCAUGGAAAGCAUGCGCUUCGUGGAGCAGCAAGCCCAAGUUGCAAAGGCGAUCGCAGACAAAGCCGCAGUACAACUCACGUACCUCAUGGAAUCUCCGUGCCUCAGAGGGGUGACGCAGCCUGCGGGCGCUGCAAGCGCACCGCCUGACCUCCAACGAGGCCUUUGGCCAAUGCAGUCGAUGUGCCCCCUAGAGGUCUUGCACAUCGCUGCUUUGCGCUGCAGGACGCCUGAGCAGGUUGAGCAUGGGGUUCAUGCCUACCACGCUCGUCUCUGGACUGCCAGCGACGCUCUCUCAGCGGCCUCCGUUACUUGGUCCCACAGCAGCGAUGGGUUGCAUCCCACACUUCCCGGUGCAAGGUACACAGACACACAUGGCCGGAAUGCUGCCUGGUUUGAUGGGUCCUCCGCAUGCUGCCAUGCAAUCAGCUGCGCAACCAGGCUUCUCAAGCCAGCCUCGAAGUUUGGGCUGCACCGGCUGCGGGGCAUGUUCAUCCCAGGCCAUGGGCGCUCAGCCUAUGGUGGGCUCACCUACAUGGUGCGAUGGGAGUGCCCAUCGGAG